GGCAAGUUCCUGCGCUCCAAGUUCUCCAGACCAUCCUCGAACUCGAAUUUCUUUACUACAUAUUCCCUCACCUUCACAUAUGGCCGAUACAGCAGCGCCUCCAAUCUCGCGCGACGUACCUAUGCCGGAUGCCCCCAUCGUUGCACCGGUCCCAGUUCAAGGCGCCGUUCCACCAGCACCAGUACCUCCAGCAGAACCAGAACAUGCCACGGAAACGCUCUACAUUCAGAAUCUCAAUGAAAAGAUUAAGCUUCCAGUGCUGAAGCAAAGCUUACGCGGUCUUUUCAAAACUUAUGGAGAGGUGCUGGACGUUGUGGCACACGAUAACCUGCGGAUGAGGGGACAGGCAUUUGUCUCGUUUGAGUCGGCUGAUGUUGCAAAGAAGGCGUUGAAGGAGGUUAGAGGGUUCCCGUUGUACUCAAAACCUAUGGUGCGUGGUUGUUUUUGUUUAUUCUACGUGCAUGGUCUCACAUUUGUAAUCGUGAAGCAAAUCUCGUUUGCACGAUCACGCUCAGAUGCUGUUGUGAAGAAGCUUGACCCCACGACUUAUGACACACACAAGGCGCGACGUCUAGAACACAAGAGUACGUAUAUCGAUCUUCUACUUUCGAGAGACCUUUGCACUUAUGAACUGACAUUGCUAUAUACAGAAGCUACGAGAUAUACUAACCCACUCAAAGCGAAGUUCCGAGCGAAGAGGCUAGCAGCAGAGAUCGAUGGCGGCGCGGUGCCAGUAUCAAAACGACCCGCUGUCCAGAUGCCGGACGAAUACCUCCCACCGAACAAGAUUCUGUUCCUGCAAAACCUGCCAGAAAAUGUCAGCAAAGACCAACUCAUGGCUCUCUUCUCACAAUAUCCGAACUUGUACGAAGUUCGUCUUAUCCCAACGAAGAAGGAUAUUGCCUUCGUGGAAUAUAUGGACGAGGCAAGUGCAACUGUAGCGAAGGACGCGUUACACAAUUACAAGCUGGAUGGAGAGAACAAGAUCAAGAUUACCUUCGCCAGGAAGUGAUAUGUUUUUCAUAUACGUUGUGUACUGUAUUACGUUUUCUUAUUGGUGUUGUAUGCUUAGAGUGUAAAGCGCAUCAUCCUGAUUUCUGGCGUUAAAUGACUUAUGUCUGGGCUUCUGAUUACUUUCAGCUACGGUUAGUCUUACCUUGGCUCGUUAAAAUCAAUGAAGGUUUGUGUCAGUUCUGCUGUCGACUUCCAAUGUUUGCGUAUUGCUGUACGGUGUGGUCGAGAGUACUGUCAUAUGUCAUGAGAAUCAUUCGAGUUCGAUCGGUGUCUUAUGCAAAUUACUUUCUCACUC